GGGAGUCUGCAGAGGAGUCACUGGUCGAGUUUCACUUCAGCUGCACGUCUCACUGGUUUUCAAGGAGAAUUAACGGAGACGUUUAACUGGAAACGCAGGACAGCGAUUUCUCUCCAGUUUUUCAGUCUCACCUUUUUUCUCCUUCGCGUGUUUUGAUAUUAACUUGUAGAUUAGAAACCUCUCGACCCUGUGGAGCUCGUUCUUCUGUCUCUGGGAACAUGUUGUGGAAUCAGCUGCUCAGGUUCCUGUGUGUGGUUGUGUGUCUGCACUGCGCUGCUGCUGCUGCUGCUGCAGGUUGUGAGGGAGUCAGAUGUGACCAAGAUCAACCUCCUCCUCCUUCAGCUUCUUCUUCGUCUUCAUCAUCAUCAUCUUCGUCUUCUUCGGUGGUGAAACCCCAGCAGCCCUCUCAGGACUUUUUGAAUCAGUUUGCACAGGUGAGCUCCCCAAACAGUGGAGGGGACCGUAAACACCGUGACGCCAGCGCCGUCCUGCCCUUCAUCGGCCUCACAGGCAGCGCCGAGCAGAGCCGCAGCUGCUGUAAGAACGGAGGAACGUGUAUCCUGGGCAGUUUCUGCACCUGCCCGCAGUUCUUCACCGGGCGGAGCUGCGAGUACGACCAGCGAAUCAGGAGCUGCGGUUUGAUUCCCCACGGGGAGUGGGUUCAGAAAGGAUGCUCCUACUGUCGCUGUGGGUACGGCGCUCUGCACUGCUUCCCCAACGUCUUCCAUAAAGACUGUGAUGACUCGGAGGAGGUGCGUUGGUAUCGCUCAUCAGCUGAUAGGACGGUUCCCAACACUUCCUGCUUCCUGUUCCUGACGCUGCUUCUUCCUCUGCUCGUCUUCCUCUGAUGGUUUAAGAAGUAAAAACACGAGGAUCUAUUUUAAACACUGAGCUGUGGACAUUUUGAAAAGGUGGAUUUUACCAAACAGUUUAUUUGAAGUGGUCCAGCUCAGGAUCAGGAAGUACCUUAUUGUGAAACUGGGAACCAGAGGAUGUUGAUUUUAAACUGGUACAUCAGCCUGUGCUGGUUUACAGGGACGUUCUGAGACUUUUUGGAUGAGGACCUCGAACUGUCUGUUUGUGUGUAUGUGUGUGUGUGUGUGUGUGAGUACAGGAAGUUGUAAAUAAGAUUUUUAUGAAAAAUAUGUUUUUUCUGUUUUUUCAUCUCAUGAUCUGUGAAAAUCAGCUGUUUUUUUAUUUCUUUGUAAAAGAAGACCCGGAGUUUGUUUCACUGAACUCUGUGUGUUUCUGCCUCGUUUGCACAAACUGAGCCAAUGUGACCUUUUGUCCUUUAAACUCUGUAUAAACACUUAUAUGUGUUUAUUAAAGUAAACUUUUGUUGUGUUACAGCAUUUCAGAGGGAAUAUUUAAAAUAAAAAGUGACUGUUCA